CAAGAAGAAGAAGAAGCCGAUGUAUAUUCGGCCGCCGGCACCGAUGGUGAACAUGAAACCAUCGAUAUGCGCCAAGACUCGGUACGAUCGAUGGGGCGAGAUGAAUUGCUUCCCUCUCACUGAAACCAAGCUCUUCUUCACCGACAGCUCCGCGCGCAUCUUCCGCUUCGAUGCCGACACCCACUGCAUCGACACCAUGCCCAGCCUCCACACGCCCAAGUCCUCCCCCUUGUCCUUCUCCAUCCCUCCAAAUCCGACCACCUCCAAGGAAGGCCAAGGCGAAGGCGGAGGCCUCUACAUCAUGGACAGGAUCCUCAGGCCCAACAAGGAGGGUCAGGUCCAGUUUGAGUCUAUCUCGUACCGCAGGCGCUGCAACCACUCCAGCAAGGCCUGGCACUGCGACGCCCUCCCGCCGCCGCCUUUCGUCCACGACCCGGCCUACAAACAAGCCUCCAUCUGUUCAUAUGCCCUGGUUGGCGGCCACACCAUCUGUAUCUCCAUCAGGGGCGUCGGCACCUACUUUGACACGCUGGCUUGCGAGUGGAGCAAGGCUGGCAACUGGCUCAUGCCGUUUCAUGGCAGGGCGGAGUAUGACCCGGAGCUCGGCCUCUGGCUUGGCGUCUCUGAGCGCAACAUCCACCUCCCCUGCGUCGCCGACAUCUCCGGUGUCCUCAGAGGGGAGGAGCCGCUGCGGGAGCACACUCGAAUCUGGGAGGAUACUGACAUGCCAGAGGGGUGGUACCCGCACAGUCAGUGCCCCACCCAAGUUGUCAGCCUGGGUUCAGGCAGGUUUUGCGUCACCAACUUCGUUGAAACUAAGGACUUCGAUGAGCGCUGCGGCCAUUCGUUGGUUGACGACAUAUUUGCUGUCUUCACCGGCAUGGAGCUAGUGUUACCCGGCAAUGACAAUGAUGAGGGCAAAGCCAACAGCAACAGCAAGGGCGACUCCAAAGGCAAUGCCAAUGGGAACGGCAACGGGAUUGCUGGUGUGCGUAUGAUUAAGCAUAAAUCCAGAUCUUGCAGGAGUCACGGCACCAACUUGAUCAAGUCUGUGCUCUGAUGAGGAAUAAUAGUCUGCUGUCAGGCCAUGUCCUACUUGGUCUGCCUGCUUUACCCUAUAUGUAUUGUAAUAAGAUACCGUAUGCUGGAUGGCGCCUCAUUCACGUCAUCAUUCGUGCUAUGAACACUCGCACUAGGUUCUCAAACCAACAAAGAGGUUAUUUCA